AUGGAAAUUUCCUUCGGUAAACCUGUGAAUGAUGAUGGGUUACCAUUGAAGGAAAUUUUAAAGAUUGCUUUAAGACUUGAUGAUUGUUCACGACGUAUUCAUGUUCAGGAACCCAUUCCAUUACGUUUCCGUCGUGGCAGUAUCAAAGAUCGUUUUCCAUUCAUUGUUAGUGCAGGAAAACGACGUUAUGAUGGAAAUGUUCUCGUAUCUGUAACUCCAUAUGAAGAAGAACAUUUCAAAAUUUUAAUGAAUUUUGAAGAUCAAAAUGAAAUUGAUAUCUGGAAUGAAAUGGGUCGUAAUCGCUCUACUCAAUUAAUGUUCAAUCACACGAAAACUGGAUGGAUGAUGCCACUUUUCGAAAAAUUAAAUAUGAAACCCAAAAUCUUGCAAAACGACGUUCAACAAUUACUUGAUGCCGAAGAAAGUAUGAUUCAAGUGCAAGCACGAUCAGGCGUACCACGUGGAAUCCAAGACACUUUCCAUACUUACGAUCAACUUACCACUUGGUUAAAACAAAUGGCAAGCACAUAUUCCACACUUGCCACACUUCAAUCAAUUGGCAAAACAUACGAAAAUCGUGAUAUCUGGUUACUUAAAAUCACUGGUACAUCAGGCUCUAACAAGAAGAAAGCCUUUUUAGAUUUCGGUAUUCAUGCUCGUGAAUGGAUCUCACCAGCCACAGGUGCUUAUAUGAUCAACGAAUUUUUGACAACUUAUGCAUCAGGUGGCACUGCAAAAGAAAUCUUAGAUUCGUGGGAAUUACAUUUCGUUCCUAUUCUCAAUCCUGAUGGUUAUGCCUAUUCACAUUCAAAUGAUCGUAUGUGGCGUAAAAAUCGCAAACCUGCUGGUUCUGGCUGCUAUGGUGUUGAUCUUAACCGUAAUUUUGGCUACCAAUUUAAUACCGGAGGUAGUUCAAGCAGCGCAUGCUCUGAUACAUUCCAUGGGGGCUCAGCUAUGUCUGAAAACGAAGCUAAAGCCCUUCAAAACUAUAUGACCGGUAAACAAUGGAAUACUUAUUUGACUUUCCAUUCUUAUGGACAAUGGUGGUUUACCAUAAAUCUAUUUUUGUAUUUUCUUUUUCUUUUUAAGAAUUGGGGUUAUACAAAAAAUGAUCCACCUAAUUUUGCUCUUUUGAAAGCUAAAGCCAAGAUCGGUGCUGAUGCUAUCAAGAGUGUGAACGGACGUUCAUAUACCAUUGGCUCAUCUGCUCAACUUCUCUAUGUAGCCAGUGGCGGUAGCGAAGAUUGGACACGCGGUGAUCUCCAAGUCUUAUAUUCCUAUUGUAUUGAAUUACCACCCACCGGUGGCAAUGGAUUCAUUGUUGCUGCAAGUGAAAUCAAGAAAACUGGUUAUGAAACUUAUGUUGGUAUUGUUGCUUAUCUUAAAGGAUUAUAA